AUGACGGAUUAUCUUGUAGGGCAAGUUCAGAAACAUUUACCUCAUAUUCCUGUAGAGGUUGUUUCGCAAGGAGCGGAAGCUCUUGUAUUUAAAACUUCGGUUCAUCCGUACUUGCCUAAUAGCAUCUCUCCCUACUUGGACAAUCAUGACGAAUAUAUCAUUAAAUUCAGACCUCCCAAGCCUUACAGACAUCCUAAGAUUGAUGCAAGUAUCACCAAGAACCGUACAGUGGGCGAGGUGAAGUUUAUGAGUAAGUUGGCAAGAAUUGGCAUUCGGGCUCCUUCUUUAAUUCUGGCUGAUUUCAACAAUGGAAUAAUAUGGAUGGAAUGUUUGGGCCAGACUUUGCCUAAUGGAGAGGUCUCGAGCUUCAAGAAUUGGCUCUGGUAUUUGGAACGUAACGAAAUUCCAGAUAAAUGUGUCAGCGAUGAAGUGCGGGUUGUUUGUAUUAAAGUAGGUGCACUUAUUGGUAGAUUGCAUUUAAACAAUAUGGUUCAUGGGGAUUUGACAUCUUCCAAUAUUCUCUUAGAGAACUUCGAGCCCGCUCUCAUAGAUUUUGGAUUGUCUUCGUAUUCUGGACUAGCCGAGGAUAAGGCUGUAGAUUUAUACGUUAUGGAGCGUGCCAUUCUCAGCACCCAUUCAGUUUUCUCUGACAAGUACAACGCCUGGUUGCUUGAGGGAUAUGAACAAAUACAUGAAACAGAGUUUGGCAAACAGGGUAAAAAGAAGCAUUUGGAGACGAUACGGAAAUUAGAAGAUGUCAGAUUGAGAGGCAGAAAGAGAAGUAUGUUGGGAUAA